CAUGGCUGAGGAGGGCGCAGGGCAGUUGACACAGCGUUCUCUGUCCUCAGGAGCCCUCCUUGUGAACCUGGAGAUCCCAGAAGACACACAGGCCGGGAUCCUGGGCAGGCCCGUCAAAUCCUCGAAGCAGUACCUGCGGCACGUCAUUGCAGAAUAUGAGACGCUGGACCGAGAGCUCCCGUGCAUCCGGAAGUUCUCCAUGCCGCCCGCCGCCCAGCCCCUCUGCCUCUGCAUGGAGACUUCGGAGGAUUUUACACACCUGGAGGUGCUGGAGGCGCUGGAGGCCGAGUUGCCCGGGGCCAUGGAGAGUGGGUGCGUGAGCAGCAUCCGCUUUGAGAACGUGAACGUCAUCUGCGGAACCGCGGGCCGCCGGGACCGGUGGCUCAUCACGGUCACGGACUUCCAGACGCGGUCCUGCCUGCUGCGCUCAGGGAUCAGCCCCCGAGGGCUUGCGCACUCGCUGGUGCGCCACGACGAGCUGCUGCUGGGCGAUUACCGCCUGCACCUGCGCCGCGCCCUGGUUCGUCGGCACAUGCUCCAGGCCCUGGGGGCGGAGCCUACCGAGGAAGACUGACGCGUGGGGCGGGCCCCCGCUGCGCACUGUCCCGCCGGCCCGGGCGUCACUCGCCAAACCCCGGAGGAAAGGGGGCGUUGCCUCCCCAGGAAGGAGGCGGGGCCGGCUCGAGGGGGUGGAUACUGUGAGUUUAAUUAUAAAGAAUGACC